AUGCUGGGAAAUAGAUUUGAAAUGACUGGAAGGGAGAUGUUUGAUAUAGCCCUACUGAAAGAAUUGAAGAAUCUGCAGCAGCAGUACUUACAGAUUAACAAAGAAGUCACUGAGUUACGUCCACUGAAGGCUCAACUUCAGGAGUCUCAAGAUAAGACAAAGACAUUUCAGAUUAUGCAAGAAGAGCUCAGACAGGAACAUCUCUCCUGGCAGCAUGAACUACAUCAGCUCAGGAUGGAGAAAGGUUCCUGGGAAAUUCAUGAGAGGAGAAUGAAGGAGCAGUACUUCAUGGCUAUCACAGACAAAGAUCAGCAACUCAGUCAUUUACGGAAUCUUAUAAGGGAAUUGAGUUCUGCGUCCUCCCAGAGUGAUACCCUCAACAAAGUGCAAUACCAAAGGCAGGCAUCCCCAGAGACAUCAGCAUCCCAGGAUAGGUCACAAAACCUAGUUUAUGAGACAGAUCUUCUUAGGACCCAGCUCAAUAAUACCUUAAAGGAAGUUCACCAAAAGGAACUAAGAAUCCAGCAACUGAACAGCAAGUUUUCACAGCUACUAGAGGAGAAAAAUACCCUUUCAAUUCAACUUUGUGAUACCAGCCAAAGCCUUCGUGAGAACUAGCAGCAUUACAGUGACCUCUUUAAUCAUUGUGCAGUCUUGGAGAAGCAAGUUCAAGAGUUGCAGGUGGGGCCAUUGAUUAAAGAUGUUGCUCCAGGAGCUCCACAGGAAAAGAAUGGCACUCACAGGAAGGAUGAUCUUGACGAACAAAGAGAGGCACAGCUAAGCUUUUCAGAAGCCCAGAAGCAGCUCUACAACUCUAAACAGGAGAUGAAUGAAUUGAGAAAACUGCUAGAAGAAGAGCGAGACCAAAGAGCAACUGCUGAGAAUGCCCUCUCUGUGGCUGAGGAGCAGAUCAGGCGGUUGGAGCAUGGUGAAUGGGACUCUGCUAGGACUCCUAUCAUUGGCUCCUGUGGCACUCAGGAGCAGGCACUGUUAAUAAAUUUUACAAGCAGCAGUUGUCGUCAGACCCGGAGUGGUGUUGGAUGGAAGCGGGUUCUGCGUUCACUAUGUCACUCUCGAACCCGAGUGCCACUGCUAGCAGCCAUCUACUUUCUGGUGGUCCAUGUCCUGCUCAUUCUGUGUUUCACAGGUCAUCUAUAAACAAAGUUCUCACCUUUUGGACCACUCCGCAGAACUUGGAUUUCCCUCACCUCCACUCGUCUGUUUCAGUGG